AUUCACUCCUCGGACCGCUCUGUAACUUACGUUGAGAGAACUAACUUUCAUCCCGACACCCGCUGAACACCGUCUUCCUUUCGUUUACGCCUUGUUUACGAUGUGAAGAAAAUGGCCGGGACAAGCUCUGACUGGGUGGAGAUCGUGGAGCCACGCUCCCAUGAGCAUAUGUAUGUGAACUUGACCACUGGUGAGUGCGGCUGGGAUCCCCCUUCAGGCGUUCCUGUCCGCCAGGCAGACGGUAACCAGUGGUGGGAGCUGUUUGACCACCACAGUGGCCGCUUUUACUACUACAACUCUACUGGGAGGCGCACAGUCUGGCAUCGACCUCAGGGAGCCGAUAUAGUGCCCCUCUCCCAGCUCCAGGCCAUGAGGCGAUGCAGUGAGGCCAAGCGAGCUGGAGGGAGCGUGGACAGGCACCACCAUGGGACCACUGGGAGUAUCGGCAGUGUAGGGAGCCAGGGGCGCCGCACUCCUCUGCCCGAGCAGGAUGGAGAGAGCCCUGUCCCCAGAGUUCUUGACACCAAUGAAGAGGCUGCCAACCCCGAGCUAGACCCAGCAGUGGACAGCAGAUUGCAGGGAGAUGGAAGCAGCACCGAACACAGCACAGAUGGCAGUAAAGACCCACAAAGGGAUGCUUCUCAAAAAUGGCAGCCUGCACCUGGUUCUAAGGCAGCCAUGUUGGUGAAGGUGAACAGCAUGAGUCGCAGCCAGCCCAGCCCAGCCUUGCAGCAGCAGCAGCACCUCCAGCACAGCACACACAGCAAAGCCAACACCUUCACCUUGCACCCCUCUAGCAACAAGGCCCAAGGCGGGCACACAAGUUCUUCCCAGGGUUAUAAAACUGCCCCCUCUGGCAAAAUGGCAGCCGACACACGUCAGGCCCAUCACCUUAGAAAGGCCAGCAAUGGCAGCUUCUGUUUGGUGUCAUCAGACAGUAGCCAUCCCAGUCCACUCCUUCACAGGUCACAGACCAGCACACCACGUCCCAUCUCCCCCCAUUAUGGUUGUACUGCCCCAAUCUAUGACGAGCCAGUUUCAGACUAUCCCAUAUAUGAUGAACCCCCAAUAGACAUGGAGGUCGAGGGGGCACACCUGUACAACGGACAACCUCUGUCUCGCUUGACACCUACCCAUAGCCUUCAAAAGCCCAGACAGCUCCAGCACCCUGGAUCAUCUCAUUCAGGAUCCAGGCACAGGAGGAAUCCCUCUGCCUCUGAUUACAGCCCAGCUGGUCUGGAGUGCAUCAAGCACAUGGUCAACGUGGACCCCAAACAGGGGCUCCUAUCUGGCUCCCCUGUACCCACACGUACCCCUUCCCCUACCUCCAGGCAGGAUCCUGUCUUGACCCAGCCACAUCCGCAGCCCCAGGCCCACUCUUUGCCCCAGGUUCGGGGCCAGUUGAGGGACAGAGAGCCAGGGACCCCAGGCCCAAGUACACUGGACAAGAAGCAAAGCUGGCGGGUCCUUGAGGCCACUGUCCAACGUGCCAUGGAGGCAAGACACAGCAGGCAGAGCAGCCAGGCCUCACAGGACUUCCCCUCAUCAACCCCCCAGGCCAUAGCAAACUAUCAAGACUCUGGUUACUCCACUGGCCCAUCACCAAGCCUGAGAAGAAAGACCAGGAGGAGAGUGGGAGCCGGUGGCGGUGCAGGAGGCAGGCCAGGCUCUGUAGGCAGCAGCGGGGAGCUGUGCGCCCUCAAUGAGCGGCUGAUGGCUGAGAUGAGAGAGGUGGUGAGUCGUUCGAACACCAUGAGGGAGGUGAGAGCGGGGCUGGACCCGGAGAUGGGGGAGCGGGUAGUCGUACCUCGGACGCGCUCCCCUGCAGACUCACUCAGGUGGUAUGGAGGAGGGGGAGGCGGGUCAGCAGGCAGGUGCGCAUCACGAGAGGACCUCACCCCCCGGUCACUGAGUAGGGCAGGUAACCAUAGCAACCCUGCACUGACCCCUUUGGAGAUACCAGGGAGGCAAAAAAGGACCUAUGAAAAAGUGGAUACCUUGGAGAUGAGUGUGAAUAGCCAGGCUAGCCUGUCCUCACCAGAGACCCCAGGACCGCCCUCCCAGGUGGGCACCCUAGAGCUGCAAGCUCAGUUGGAGAGCAGGAAGAAAGGCAUGGUGGAUGGGCGGACGGCUUCCCUGGGUCCCCAUCGCCCUGCCAACCAUGACAACAGAGAGGGAGGUGAUGGGGCAGGAGAAAGAGCGCGAGGAUCCUCCUACCAGCUCUCCUACGCCACCCUGCGGCAGCCCCCACCUCCCACCAUGGGCAUGGAGGACUGGGCCAGCAAGCACCUCAACAUGCACACGCAAGGCCUGUUCCGUCGCCGUGUCUCCAUCGCCAACAUGCUGUCGUGGAACCGCGGAUCCAUCAAAAAGCCCAUGCUAGUCACCAGCAACCGUGCCGUUAGGAAAGAGGCCUGCGAGAUGUUCAAACUGGUGCAGGCCUACAUGGGAGACAGGCCUUCGCGUCUGGACCGCCGCCACUGUGCCCUGCUCAUCGUCACCAAAUGCUGGGACAUGCCAGGGCUGCGGGAUGAGCUGUACGUGCAGCUGGUGAGACAGACUACAGGCAAUGCCAGCCCCAGAAGCUUGGCGGCAGGCUGGGAGCUGAUGGCUGUCAGCUUGGCAUUCUUUGCCCCCUCGCCCAAGUUCCGCUGCUACCUGGAGGGCUACAUCCAGAGACACACGGAGCCCACCAGCGACAAGAAAUGUGAGUCUCAGACUGAGCAACAGGUGACUCACUUCAUAUUGGAACAGCAGGAUCUUAAGAUGAAGAAGAAUUCAAAGUCGAGAAAGAAGCGGAAACAGAAUACAGAGGAGGAAGAAGGUCUGCCUAUAAGCACAUAUGCCAAGUUCUGCCAUCGGAAGCUGCAGAAGGUGGCGAUCACUGGAGGCAAAAAGGGUCUACGUAAGCCUACGUUGGAGGAGAUUGACCACAGUAGGCGGGCCAUCGUCACUCCCUCCCUGUUUGGCAGCUCACUGGAGGAGGUGAUGGAGAGGCAGAGCGAGCUCUUCCCAGACAGGAAACUGCCCUGGGUGCAGGUUCAGCUUUCCCAGUAUGUUCUGGCUCUGGGCGGGGCUCAGACCGAGGGCAUCUUCAGAGUGCCUGGAGAUAUUGAUGAAGUGAAUGCGCUGAAGCUCCAAGUGGACCAGUGGAGGAUCCCAGAAAAUCUCUCUGACCCCAAUGUUCCAGCCUCUCUGAUGAAGCUGUGGUAUCGGGAGCUGGAGGAACCUCUCAUCCCAAUGAACUUCUACAAGCAGUGUGUUAGUAACUGUGACGACCCAGUGGCGGCCAUAGCUGUGGUUCAAUCUCUGCCUGAGCUCAACAGGCUGGUGCUCUGCUACUUCAUCCAUUUCCUACAGGUAUUCGCUCAGCCAUCCAACGUGGCUAUAACCAAGAUGGAUGUGAACAACCUGGCCAUGGUGAUGGCCCCCAACUGCCUUCGAUGCCAGUCCGACGAUCCAAGGAUCAUCUUCGAGAACACACGCAAGGAGAUGUCCUUCCUGAGAAUGCUCAUCGUUCACCUGGACACCAGUUUCAUCGAAGGGGUGGUGUAGACACUGUGAACCACAGAGCCCACCUCAGGUGCUCAAUCAGCCCUUGGGCAUCUCCGGUUACACAUUUACAAUCAUGCAUAAACACUGUUUCUGUUCAGACCACACUGGAAACUCUUGGUGAGAUAUUACACCUCUUACAACACAAGGAGUGUGAAAACAGCUUGGACUUUGGACCCUUGUUCCCACUCAGUUUCUCAAGGCGUUUACACACUGGGGACAUGUCAAAUAGACAACACGGAAAUGCUAAAUAUACACAUGCGAAUAUAUUUGCCAUCAAAACUAUUCAUACUGGCAGUGAAGUGAAUUUGGGACAGUUGCAACAUUUGUUGAAUAAAAGGUUUGAAUAAAUGUGCUCAGUACACUGACUGAUAGACUGCCUGCAAAUCAAACAGGGUGACUGUCAGUUUGGCAUCAUCUACAGUUGAUUAGUAAUUCCUCUAGAUGGCAGCAUCUACUUUUUCCUGCUUCAGUGCUCUCCUGGUCAGCCUUCAGAUAUAUCAAAGGUGCUCCGUACAGACUAUAAGACAUUAGCUUACAUUAACUAAUCAUGCUAUGACACUGUUGCCUUGCUACCUCCUCUAGUACAUUCAAAAGUAAAGUAAUACAGGGUGAGGAGAAACACAAUCAACAGGUCCACCAUUCUUAACAAAAUGCCCCCAGCGUGGAAAGCCUUUACUGAAAGACGACACAUCACCUUAGGUUUCACUGUGUUUUUGAUGCUCAAAUCAACAGUGACGGCUUUAAAGUGGUUCACUUUAAUGACUAACUGCUGCAUGUGGAAACAGAUUUACUCUUGAAUUUCUUACUGAAUUUGUUGGACAACUGGGCUGUGUAAGGUGAGAGUCUUACAGUAUUUACUUCAGAAGUAUUCACUUGCACAACAAAAGUAAAGACAGCGGUGCUGAAGCUCUGCUUUUUUUCUCUGGUUUCACUCAAGCGUGUUUGUGUGUGUGAUUGUCAGAGUGUGAACGGAAGACACAGCCUUCUUUUAUAAUGUACAGAAAAAAUUAAAAUAUGAAAAGUAAAAUAACUCUUAUAAUGGUGUCUUAUUAAUAAGCUUGCCUGUGCCGUUUUGAGUAGUACUGAUAGCUGAUCUCCUCGUAUUUCAUUUUACGAGACACAAGAAGCGACGCCACCACAACUAUUUUGACCGAGUACAGAGCCAUCAUUUCAAAGCACAUACUUGAAGGAUGUGCAGAAGGCUCUUUUUAACGGGAGGUGGCGAUUUUCUAAGAAAACAAACUUGGAAGUGCUUCAAUUUUACAACUCUAAACACUCAAGUGAAGCCGGACGAGAGUGUUGUGAUAGCAGUUGUCAUAGUGAUGUGGGAGGUUGGUUAUUCAACUGGUAACGCUCUUUCUCUAUGUCUCUGAAUUGGAAUUGUGUUCUCUUUUGUUUGUGGUCUGUAUGUUUUUUGGCUCAGGUCUUAUGAUAAAACGGGUGUUGGAUGUUGGAACUGUACAUGGCCUCCCUCACAGACUCAAAAUUUGUUUCAUCUACCACAAUCCCCUGUAUUGAGAAUGGAGUAUUGUUCAACUGUCAAGCACUAUGAGAAUGUAGAUGAAGCUUUUUGUGUCCCCUCUCAGGCUUUGCCGAUGUAAAUAAAUUCUGUGUGUAAAUAGUAUUAACUCUCCUUAAGUGUAUUCUAAUGAUCCAGGUUAAGGGUGAAGUUAAAUGUUGCUGGAAAGAGCAAUAAAACGUGUUUUUGUAAUUAACUGUUAAUUUCUCUGCUGUAACCGCCUGCCUUUUGAACAUAGGACUGAUUCAAACCACUUUCCAUGUGUGUAUAUGUGUGUUUGCAUACCUUCUUGUUAUAAUAUGGAAUGGCUGUC